CGCUCCGGCCCGCCGGCGAGCACGUGGGGUUAGAGCCCCUGCCGAGUCAGGGUGUCCCGUGAAGGAGAUCGCCGUGAAGGGGGGGGGGGGCCUUAUUAUCAACAUCCAGCGAGUGCGGAGUUCCACUUACAGCCUCGUGUCUCCCUGCUCGACUCUGAGCCCCGUGCAGCUCCCUCGCAACCCCCCCCCCCCCCCACACACGACGAGCCCCAGCUGCCAGCUCCAACAGAAGACAGCGCGGGACAAGGGGGGCUGGGGGGGGGGUGUCUCGGGACGAGGGGACACGGACACGUGGGGGACGAGCGGGACCUGGAUCCCCUUUCCCAACCAUGAGCGCUGCAUGCCCUGAGCUGCACCUGAUGCAAAGUGCGCUCUCCUCCUCGCGUCUCAUGCAGGUUCCAGAGCGCCGCGCGGCCUCAUCCUCAUCAUCAUCAUCCUCCUCUUCAUCAUCGUCCUUGUCCUAUCAAGCCUGCGUGCACGCGCACGGCCAGGCUCUCGAGCUGCAGCCGUUGGACCUGAGCCCGCGUCUCGGCACCCCAGAGUUUGUGCGCUUUAACAUGGAACUCGCGAACGCCGACCCGGGCUACGGGGGAAAGACCUCCGACUCAUGCGCGUUCCACCAGCACCACCAGCACCAGAAUCAUCACCACCAGCAGCAGCAGCAGCAGCAGCAGCACGAGUACCAGAACGCGCAACAGGACGAAGAUAAUACCGACCAGCGGCAGCCCGCGCCCGCGGUGGUGAAGGCAGAGGUGCAGCCCAUGAUGUCCUGCCUGCUGCACGGCGCGUCGUACCCACACCCGAGUCACGAGCACCACCACCAGCAGCACCAGGAGCAGCAUCAGCAGCACCAGGAGCAUCAGCAGCAGCUCAACGGAGGCUCUGGGGCGCGGGAAUACUUCAAAGCGUCUCCGCCGCACACCCCGCCGGCCGCUUACACCGACAUGCAACAGGAGCAGCAGCAGCAGCAUCCGCAGCUGCUGCAGAGAACGUGGGACGUGGGGGCAGCCCUGGGCGCGCUGCCCUUCCCAAGAGACUACACCAUCACCAGCCUCACGGAGCUCGGCGUGAAGGCGCUGCCCGCGUCCAGGUACAAAUCCUUGCAGCCUCCAUCCUCCUCGUCCCCCGUGCCCUACAAGUUCUACCUGCCCGGGCGGGACGCGCCGCCGAGCGCGGACGGGAGUCCCCGCUUCUCCAGCUACGUCGGCUGCUUCCACCGAGCUCCGGCGGGCGAACCCCGUGCCGGGUUCCCCUCGGCAGAGCCCCUACCGCCAGGGUUCGCGGUCCCGGGUGACCCGGACGCGCACCGCGGUCUGCAGGUCGCCUCGUCUUCCUCGCCCGGUCCCGGGUACUCGACCUUCUCCGACUCCCUCAACUCGCAGCAGCAGCAGCAGCAGCGGCUCAGCCGGGGGUCCCCGGGCGGGGAUGCGUCGCGGGCCGGGGCGAGAGCGGCUCACGCAGGGUACGCGGAGGGCACGAGCGACGUGGGCGUCGGCAGGGAGAUGGCGAUGUCGUUCGCGGGUGGUCCCCUGCCCGCCGUCAUGUCCGGCGGCGACAACUUCGACCUCGCCAUGACGAGCAGAGCGCAGCGUUCGGACUCGGGCAUGGGCAGAGGUGGGGCCCACGGGGUGGUGGGUGGGAUGCCGCUCGCCCCGUCUCCCACCGACUACCCGCGGGGUCUGGGGCCACAAUCACAAGCGUCGCAGCAGCAGCAGCAGCAGCAGCACCAACAUCAGCAGCAGCAGCAGCAUCAGCUGAUGUCUCAGCGCUACGAAGACGUGGAAUCGCCGGGCCGCUUCGCCGCGCGGCGCUUCCCGACCCCCACGUCUCCCCCGCCCAGCGAGGGGAUGUGCGCCGUGUGCGGGGACAACGCGGCGUGCCAGCACUACGGGGUGCGCACGUGCGAGGGGUGCAAGGGCUUCUUCAAGCGCACGGUGCAGAAGAACGCCAAGUACGUGUGCCUCGCCAGCCGGAGCUGCCCCGUCGACAAACGGCGCCGAAACCGCUGCCAGUUCUGCCGCUUCCAGAAGUGCCUCAGCGUGGGCAUGAUCCGAGAAGUGGUUCGCACCGACAGCCUCAAGGGCAGGCGAGGCCGCCUCCCCUCCAAGCCCAAGGGCGCGGGGGCAGGGCGGGCACACGGCAGAGUGGGCAGCCCCGGGGAAGGGCAGCAACACGGGCAGCAGCACGGCUCGGGAGGGAACGCGCUGCUGUGCGGCGUGGCGCGGGCUCACCACGACUCGUGGCCGGCAGCCGCGCACCUCGACUACUCCAUGUACAGCCCCGCGGGCGAGCACGACCCCGGGGGCCCGGCCGCCGAGGCUGACCACGUGCGCGUCUUCUACGAGCUGCUCGCCACCUCGGCGGAGGCGAGCCGCGCGUGGGCCUCGCGUCUCCCGGGCUUCCCGAGCCUCGCCAGACCCGACCAGGACAUCCUCCUCGACGCCGCCAUCCUCGAGCUCUUCGUCCUCCGCCUCGCCUACAGGUCGCGACCCCGGGAGGGCCGCAUGGUAUUCUGCGCGGGGCAGGUUCUGCACCCUUCCCAGUGCCUGCGCGCCUUCGGAGAGUGGAUGGAGCCCAUCCUGGAGUUCUCCUCGUCCCUGCAGUCCCUGCAGAUCGACGCCACGGCCUUCGCCUGCCUCGAGAUGACGGUGCUGCUCACGGACCGGCGCGAGCUGCGGGAGUCGAAGCGCGUGGCGGAGCUGCGGCGGCGCGUGCAGCAGAGCGCGCGCGAGCACGUGGGCGCGGGGGGCCACGUGCACGCGCACCUCGCGGGGGCUCCCGCCGAGCUGCGCGCGCUCUGCACGCAGGGCCUGCAGAGGCUCUUCUAUCUCAAGCUCGAGGAGCUCGUGCCCGCGCCGCCCGUCGUCGAGAGGCUCUUCCGCGACACGCUGCCCUUUUAGACGACGACGCCGCGGCGGCGUGAAUUCUUUUUUUUUCGCCCGGUCGUCAAAAACAAACAAAAACCCGCGGCGCCCUGCCCUUGUACAGGAGUGGGUCUCUACACCGGCGCUCCACUCGCAACACCCUGCUCGUUUAAUGAGGGUGGUGGGGGGUGGGUGUGACACACCCAGCGAGGCGUGGCUGUUGCUGAGUGCGCAGGCGGUGCAACUGCGCCGCAGGAGCGUAGUCGCCGGGCUACGAAGAUUAUUUCAGGGUACGGUCCAAUUUCCAUUCAUUGCACUCCAGGGCCCACAUCAACCGCGAUACGGCACUGGAUCCACGAGAGACGCUCUGCCCUUUUACAUGAUGGGUUGCAAGGGUUGGGUUCUUCGGUAGUGCCCCCACCAGAGACGCCGUGACCUUUCAGAGCGAGGCGUCCCGGGCCUCGUCGCUCGGCUCCACGCCCUGUCCUUUUGAAGAGGGCUGGAUGGAUGGGUUUGCUUCCGGCUGCGCCUCCAAUUACGAUGCUGAUGGAGAGGCUGCUGGUCUUCGUCUCGUGACGCCGUGCACUUAUAGAGAGAAGUCGCCCACGCUCGCUCUUUCUGCGACCACCCUGCGAUUUUUUUUAGAUGUGGCGUGGGGGUCCCUCGGAGAGGGGAGGGGGGGGGGGGCGAGGGAGGGCAGGUCCCAGUCCAGCCCGACUGGAGACCCCAUGCCGUUCCCACGUCGGCCGCCCGGCCUCAUUCUCACCGCCACAAGGGCCUGCUGGGGCGUGGGGAGAGGCAGGGUGCCGACGUUCCGCGUCCCCCGCCGUCCCCCUCACUUCCUACCCCAUUUAUAGGCCGCCCUUUCACGAGAACCCUGCCCUUGGCCUCCGCGUUGUUGGCGAAAGUGACAUUUUCGUUGUUGUCUCCUUCACCACGAACGGGACGUGAAAUUGAUGGCCACGAAGGCGGCGGGGACUUGGCGAUGAGGUUAUUGUUUUUUGUGCGGCCCAGAAUCCGGCUGCUCAAUUACAGCGAUGGGUGCCGCGCGGUCUCGGGUAGUCAGGGCCAUCGGUGAUGAUGAUGGUGAUGAUGUUGAUGAUGGUGAUGAUGGUGAUGAGGGUGAUGGUGAUGAUGGUGAUGAUGGUGGUGAUGAUGGUCAUGAUGGUGGUGGUGAUGAUGGUGAUGAUGAUGGUGAUGAUGAUGAUGAUGGUGAUGAUGGUGGUGGUAAUGAUGGUGGUGAUGAUGGUGGUGAUGAUGAUGAUGGUGGUGAUGAUGAUGGUGGUGAUGAUGAUGGUGAUGAUGAUGAUGGUGAUGAUGGUGGUGGUGAUGAUGGUGGUGAUGAUGGUGGUGAUGAUGAUGAUGGUGAUGAUAAUGAUGGUGGUGAUGAUGAUGGUGAUGAUGGUUAUGAUGGUGGUGGUGAUGAUGGUGGUGAUGAUGAUGGUGAUGAUGAUGAUGGUGGUGAUGAUGGUGGUGGUGAUGAUGGUGGUGAUGAUGGUGGUGAUGAUGAUGAUGAUGGUGAUGAUAAUGAUGGUGGUGAUGAUGAUGGUGGUGAUGAUGAUGGUGGUGAUGAUGAUGGUGGUGAUGGUUAUGAUGGUGGUGUCACCUGUCUGGAACCGCACGCAGACGUCCUGGUCACGCUGCUGUUCAACACGAGCUGAUGGCAACACCCCUUUCGAGUUCGUUUGAAUAAUGAAUAUAAUAUAUAUUGUAUACGAGUAGGAUUACUAUCUAAGGAAUUAACGAUACUUCGAGAUAUAUAGUAAUAUAUAUAUAUACACACGUUGAGAAAGCGUUAGCCGCACGUGCUGUCAAUACAACGACAUCAGUGACGUGGCGGGUUUUACUGGGGGCGAGGAAUUUAAGUGGUGUAGUCACGCGUGUAUAAUUGUACAGGUCUCACACACACACAGAUAAAUAUUUAUUCUCAAAGAUAUAACACUCCAGUGCCUUGUUAUGAUGCUCAGAGUAUGAAUUCCGAGACUGUUUUUAGAGCCGCGACUCGCGUCUUGGUGGAUUGGGGCUAUUUAUUUAUUUAUUUCACCCCCCCCCCCCCCCCCUGUGGGCAUGGGCAUGGCUGCAAAAGUGGUUCAUGCCAGACGGACUCUCACGGCUGUACGUUAUAAAGGAACGUUUUGCUGGCUGGGUGGCUGGCUGGACGUCGCGUCCACAUGGAGGGACGGACGGU